AGUUCGGCCUCUCGGUAGGCCGGCGCGAGGUGUCUCUGCAGGCAGUUAGAUGCCUUUGUCAUCUGGCUCGGCUUCCUCGGUGUCUGGCUGGAGGUCGGACCCAGGAUCGAGGAGAACUGAGCGCAUCCUCUUCUAAUCUAAGGGCCCGGGAGGGUGGCGGGAAGAACCCCCGGGUGCGGGCGCCGGGCUGCUCGGCGAGGGUCGCGCGUGCAUUCCGGGCCUCUUGGGGGGACCCGAGCGACGGACCCUCGGCCCCUUCCCCAGCGCCAGUUGCCUCCAGCGCGGGCCCCGAGGAAGGAGUCGUCAUGGAGCCUGGGGGCAGAGAUGACAAGUAGCUGGUGUGUGGCACUUGCUGAGCAUUUAUUGCAAGGACAGAGUAAUCAUCAUGGCGCCUGUCUCCACUUCUAGGAUCACUUUUUGAGGACUCAGACCUUCUCCAUGCUGGAAACCCAAAAGGAAAUGGCAUGACUGCUGUGCUGCUGACCUCUGGGUCCCAAGAACUGAUGGUCAGGGAUAUGGCCAAGGCUUUCACCCAGUGGAGGCAGCUGAACUCUCCUCAGGGAGAUGUGCCUGAGAAGCCUAGGAAUCUGGUCUUGCUGGGGCUUCCAAUUUCCACACCUGAUGUAAUCUCUCAGUUGGAGCAUGAGGAGGAGCUGGAGAGAGAAGUCUCAAAAGCAGCCAGUCCAGACUGGGAAGCAAUAACAGACAGCAAGGAGCUAACUCCAGAGAAGGAGAUUUCUGAAGAAGAAUCAGCCCCUGGGGUGUUAAUCGUAAGAUUUUCAAAGGAAGGUUCCAGUGAAUGUGAGGAUUCUUUAGAGAGUCAGCAGGAAAACCAUGAGAAACAUUUAAUACAAGAGGCUAUCACUCAGAAAUCUUCUAGGGGGAGAAGUUACCAAUUUGAUGAAUUCAGAAGAAAUUGCACUCGGAGGUCCUUACUUGUUCAGCAGCAAGGAGAGAGACUACAUCAUUGUGAUUCAUUUAAAAAUAACUUAAAACAAAACUCAGAUAUAAUUAGGCAUGAGAGAAUUUGUACAGGAAAGAAACCUUGGAAAUGUAACGAGUGUGAGAAAGCCUUUAGUUACUACUCAGCUUUUAUCUUGCAUCAGAGAAUUCACACUGGAGAAAAACCCUAUGAAUGUAAUGAAUGUGGUAAAACCUUUAGCCAGAGCAUACACCUUACUCUGCACCAGAGAAUUCAUACUGGAGAGAAACCCUAUGAAUGUCAUGAAUGUGGGAAAGCCUUUAGUCAUCGCUCAGCCCUUAUUCGGCAUCAUAUAAUUCAUACUGGAGAAAAACCCUAUGAAUGCAAUGAAUGUGGGAAGGCCUUUAAUCAGAGUUCAUACCUCACGCAACAUCAGCGAAUUCAUACUGGAGAGAAACCUUAUGAGUGUAAUGAAUGUGGGAAGGCGUUCAGCCAAAGCACAUUUCUUACCCAGCAUCAGGUCAUUCACACCGGAGAGAAACCUUACAAGUGUAAUGAAUGUGGCAAAGCCUUUAGUGAUCGAUCAGGUCUUAUUCAGCACCAGAGAACUCAUACUGGGGAGCGGCCCUAUGAAUGUAACGAAUGUGGGAAAGCCUUUGGCUACUGCUCAGCCCUAACUCAGCACCAGAGAACUCACACUGGGGAGAAACCGUAUAAAUGCAAUGAUUGCGCCAAAGCCUUCAGUGACCGCUCAGCCCUUAUACGUCAUCAGAGAACACACACUGGAGAGAAACCUUACAAAUGUAAAGAUUGUGGAAAAGCAUUCAGCCAGAGCUCAUCUCUUACAAAGCAUCAGAAAACUCACACUGGAGAAAAGCCCUACAAGUGUAAGGAAUGUGGAAAAGCCUUCAGCCAGAGUUCCUCUCUCUCUCAACAUCAGAAAACUCAUGCUGGAGGGAAAACCAAGGAAUAUGCCCAAGCUUUUAGUGAGCAUUUAGCCUUUGGCCAACUCAAGAGAAUUCAUACUGGAUAAAGACCAUAUAAAUGUGGUUUACAUUCAGAGCAUACUUUUUGAGCAUUUACCGUACUUGCUGUGGGAGUCUACAAAGAAAUUUAAGACUGUGUUGCAAAAAAAAUUAUUGACAAGUCAUUGCUGAUGUGGGAUGUAGCGUAAUUAGAUUGUGAAAGUAUUGUUUUAUAUUUUUAAAAGUGUUCUGGCAGAGGACACUGAAUUUCCCUCAGGAAAGAGAAAAAUUAUUUAUAACAUCCUAGUGUGUAUGUAAAUUACCAUAGCCUUGGGAGAGAAAUGGGGUGUGGCAUGAUGGAAAGGGGACAUCUUGACUGUGCCAGGUAUUUUCAUAAUACUAAGAAUAUAAGUUUUAAAGAGAUAAGUGAUCUUUUUAGAGAGGUCGCACAAGUAGAAUAAGAGAUUGAGAAUUCACAAUGAGUUUGUCUAGAGUCAGAAGUGGUGGAAGAAGGGAAGUUGUCUUUCAUUCUUAAGGAGCCAAAGGAAGUAGAGGGAAAGGAUAGAAAAAAAGAGCUGGGGAAAUGAACUCAAGAAAUGUUGACUAUGAUAACUACUCAACUGAAUAUUCACAGUCAUGAAAAAUAUUAGACUUGCUAAUUAGUCAGCUGAAAAGUUUCUGUGAGGGUAACUUUACCCUGCAGCUAAGGAAUGUUGGCUGCAGGGUAAUGCAGGGUGUUUGUUUCUGCAUUUUUGUCUUUCAGACCUUGCUUAUUGAGAUGUCACCUACUAUAAAUCAUGUUAAUUCCAAGGGUCAAGACCCACAGCAUAGAAAAUUGAGUACAGAAGAGACCUUUGAUGUGUUAAAACUGUUUUAAGGUAUCUGAGUUACCUAAGAACAUGCUUAUUUAUAAAGAUUUACCUCAGUUGUAUCUAGUUGUACCUUAGAUUUUUUUUAUAGCUUACAGUAAAGUUUAGUUGUAGAUUUGCACUGAUGCUAUAUAUUAAUUUAUGAAAAACUUGGAAAGACUUUGAAAUACCUUUUACCAUUUUACUCUUGUGUAGAGGUAGGUGGCAUCUUCAUAUAUAUAUAAAAUACUUUUUUUUUGAAAACUUAAAAUUCUAGACGUGUUUAUUUUGAAACACACUUCCAAGUAAGAUAAACUAACAACAAUACAUAUGUCUACUACGCUGCGGAUGUAGCUUAAAAUUGGCAAGACAUCCUCCUUUGUACUUGUUUCCUACAAGAGUUGCUAGGUCUGUUUUUGCCCAUGACCAGCAGCCUCUUUAAGAACAACAAAGGACCUACUGUAAAGGUCACUCUCAGGUAUCUGCAUUGCCAGCUAACACCUUCUCUGCACACUGCACCCUUGAAGAAGCACAGAGCCCACAGGGCUUGCUGGCCCUGGCUCUGACCUCACCACCGGUUGGAUCGCUUUUUGUACUUGCCCUGGCUGCUCCACUUUUGUGGUGGGGAGCAACUGAUAACCUUGAGCAUGGAAGCUAUGAUUGUAAAGAUGGCUUCUGUGUUUCUUUGGGUCUUCUUCUUUCUGGGCCUGGCUCUUUGCUGGUUCCUUAUUGUCCUCUUUUUGUUCAUGGUCUUGCUCUUUAUGAGAGUGCAAGGUGUUUUUAGUUAUGUUCAUUAGAGAUCUUUUAUUGGUACCAGCAAGAGGACACUUCAUCCAACCCAGAGGUCCCAUUGUUUUAGCUCUAGUUUUCCCACAUUUUGCCUCUGUGUUGCUUAUCAUUAUUUGCCUCCUUCUAUUGCUUUCCCCUCCAGCUCCUGGUCCUCUUCCAUCAUGGGGGCGGUUUCUGGAUCCUCACAUCAUGCUAGCAGAUCAGAGGCUCUUCACCAUAACCUGAGGCAUGGAGGUGAAGCAGAAAGCUACAUACGUUUUUCAUUGAAACUUUAAAGAUUAUUGGACAUAGUAUUUUGAGUGAAGUGUUUUUAAUUUUGAGGAAGUUGUACUAUAAUGUAUCUUGGUGUGGAUUUAGUUUAUCCUAUUUGGGGUUUGCUUAGCUUCUUCAAUCUACAGGCUAUGUCUUUUGCCAAAUUUGGGAGAUUUUCAGCCAUCAUCUCUUUAAAUACAUUUUAGCCCCUACCUUCUACUCCUUUUCUCCUGGGACUCUAAUGAAAGGCUCUUUGGUUGUAGUCCCACAAGUUCCUGAGGCUCUGUUGAUUUUUUUCUUGAUGAUUUUUGCCUGAAUCUGCUCAAUCUGCCUUAACAAGAUAACAUAGACUGACUGGGUGGCUUAAAAAAAAUACCUAUUGCUAACAGUUCUGGAGGCUGGGAAGUCCAAGAUCAAGGUGCCUGUGGACUCUGCUUCUAGUGAGGGCUCUCUUCCUGGCUUACAGAUGGCUGCCUUCUCACUGUGUCCUCUCAUGUCUGUAGUGCAUGCAGAUGUGGGGCCAAUGGGGAGAGGAGGAGAGAAACAGCUCUCUCUUCUUAUUAGUCCACCAGUUCUAGCAGAUUAGGACUCUUCCCUUAUUAUCUCAUUUAACCCUAAUGACCACCUAAAAACGCUGUCUCCAAUAAAUUACAUUGGGGAUUAGGGCUUCAACAUAAUUUUGGGGAGAAGGGGAUACAUAUAGUUAAUAACAUUCCAAUGCAGCCCCCCCACCGAAUUUAUGUUCUUGAAUGCAGAAUGUAUUUAUUCCACUCCAACAGCCCCUAAAACCUUGACUCUAGCAUUAGCUAUAAAAUCCAGACCUUCAAGUAUCACCUAAAUUAGAUAUGGGUAAGAGUCAGGGUACAGUUUAUCCUGAGGCAAAAUUACUCCCCAGCUAUGAACUCAUGAAACCAAACAAGUGCUUCCAAAAUACAUUUGUGAUCUAGACAUAAUGUAGGUAUUCCCAUUCCACAGGGGGAGAAAUAGGAAAGUAGGAGGAGUGGGUCCAGAGCAAGUCAGAACUUAGUAAGGCAAAUUCUUCAGAGGUUAUAUUUCAUCAGAUCUUCUGAGAAUAAUCCUCUUUUGCUCAAUGCCCUGCCUUCUGGACCGACUGGAGUAGUGGUCCUAUCUCUGUGGUACUGCCAGGUGGCCCCUCUGUUAAGCCUCUGCAGGGCAAUUCUGCCUCUAAGGCUUCAGCUGGAGCCUUUCUGUUCUGUUGAAACCAAAGUGAUGGUUCCACCCUUUGAAACAGGAGGUAUCCCCAGUGGUCUCUGAAUUGUUUUCAGGGUCAUACUCUUGAAGAAUAACACAUUCAUAGACAAAUGGCUCUUUGGUUCUAUAUGAUCUAAGAAGCUCUAAAGCCUGCCUUCAUUUUAUUUUGUUGUUUUCCUCUCCCCUUGAGUACCAGCUGGCUGUGUCUCUGCUGGUAUAAUCCCAUUUAUGUUCCUGGCUUCUGAUGGGGCUGCUAAACCUGUGAGUCACAUUCAUGAUCUCUUUAUCCAAUGGUUGUCCAACCACACUCUUAGGGUAAAGGUGGAGGAUGGAGGAGCCUUGUUACAGCCUGGUGAGGGUGGAAGUAUAGGCCUUUGUUGGUGUGGAUAGGACCAUAGCUUUCUUCUGUGGUCUUUGAAGUAGGAUUGUGAUUUUCUGACUUGCUAGGCUGCUCCCUUCCCAGUCCUUUGGCUAAAAAACCAGACUUAUCUUGGCCUUUUUUUUUUCUUGUUGGUGUCUGUUGGUGUUUCCAGGUUGUCAGCUUCUCUGUCAGAACCCAGUCUGGGAUAGAUUAGGCAAUAAGAAAACCCAAGAAAGUCACUGCUGUGUUCUUCCUCGAGUUCUGAGGUCCCUAGUCACUCCAUUCUCUCUCCAUCUUUUAGAACCUUUUUAUGUUUGCUUUGUAUGUAAUAUCCAGGAUUUUUAGCUGUACUUAGUGAGAGUGAGAGCAAUAGGAGAAAGUAGUGCUCCACCUUUCCCGUGACAUUUUUGUGCUUGACACUGAAAUCACACAUCAAGUUGUGGUACAUAGGGUUUGUGGUAUAUAACCUAAGAGUUUGUGGUAUAUGCAGGUCAUUUGUAAUCAGUUAGGAAUAGGUACUAAAAGGAAUGCCCACUGGUUUCCUGAAGAUAAGCUUCCAAUUUGAUAGGUAAAAACUAUCAGCCUGCUUCAUCUAGCUUUGAAGGAACUAUAGUUUUUAAAUUGAGGAAACACCAGCUGUAGGUUAUAAACUUGAAAAGAAUAGAUAUGACUAACAAUAUAAACCAUAGGGUUAAAUUUUUUUAAUUUAUAUUUUUGUUCAAAAAGUAUAUGAGAAGCACUGGAGAAGUGGACUUAGAAUUUUGGAUAUUUUUCCAGUUAUAUAUUAUCUACAUGUGGCUCUCUGUUCACUUUAAUUUGCCAUAUGACAUAUGAUAUCAUAGAGAAUCAACAAAGAAUGAAAAUAAUUGGUAUUUGGGACAAGUCACUUUCAUCCUUUGAAAUCUGUUUCCUCAUAGAUAAAUGUUUUAAAAUGUAAUGCCUAUUUGAGAAUGACUAGAGUUAGGUAGAAAAUGGAUGCAAUGUGAUUUGUGAGCUAUCAGGUGCUAAAUAACUAUUAGGUAUUAUUGAUAGAGUCAUUUAGAAGAGGACAUUUCUGUCAUGUGUGCUCCACAGUGGUGUACCCAAUAGAAACAACUGUGAAUAUAUGGAAUGAGGCUUUUUAUAUUUUAAAAUAAGUUUUCUGGGAUCCUGAUAAAGUAUGCAUCUUUUGAGCUAAUCAUAUGGUUUCUUUUAAUCUAUUAAUGUGGUAAAGUACAUUGAUUUUCUGAUGUUAAAAAAUCCUUGCAUUCCUGGGAUUUACCCAAUUUGGUGAUUUUUUUUUUUUCCCCAUCUCUGGGGGAGUUUGUGUCCCUUGAAUUUCAGUUGCAUAUUAAACUGGGAUUGUUGUGUUUGUAAUAUGUGAUUUGAGUAGUUUUAGAGGCUAUUUAGAUUUACUGUUUCUUCUAGAAAGUUGUAGGUUUUUCUAAAAAUGUAUCUUUUUUGGUCAUUGAAUUGUUUAAAAUAUUUUUAUUUUCAAGUACUUGUUCUAUCUGAACUUAUGUCCCUUUUUUCUUUCCUGAUAUGGCUUAUUUUUAUCCUCGCAUUUUCUCUUGGUCAUGUUUCUAGAGAUUUGUCAAUUUUACUAGUCUUUUAAAAUAACUUUUUGAACUUUUGCAAAAUCAGCUUUUAUCAAAAUACACAAUAAAAUUCACCCACUUAAAGGUGUUUGCUAUGUUUGAUGAAGAUAUUACCCUUGUAACUAUCACCGUAAUUGUGUGUGGUUAUAAUAGUUCCUCCUCCUCAUCCUCCCCUCUCUCCUCCUACGCAUCUUAUUCCUCCUCCUUUCACCCCUUUCUCUUUAUUUCUCCCUUUCUCCUUUCUUCUUUCCACAGUUCUGUCUUAAAACGACCUAUGCAGACUUGUGUAAAAAUCACCACAAAGGGUACAGAACCAUUCCACUGCACCAACAAAUUCCCCUUGUGCUUUUUUUCAUUACUGGCUCCCCACCCUGCAUUGAGUAAAAGGCUUUGAUAUUCAUCAUUGUUGUGUUAUUUAUUCCUUUUUAUUGAUGAGUAGUUUUCCUUGUAAUGUUCCACAGUAUUCUUAACCAUUAACCCAUUGAAGGACAUUUAGGUUGUUUCUAAUUUUUGUUGAUUAUGAAUAAAACUACUAUAAUCAUUUAUAUGUAGGUUUUUGUAUGAACAUAAAUUUUCAUCUCUGAAGGGUAAAUAUUGGAAUGAAAUGGUUAGGUCAUAUAGUAAGUGUAUGUUUAUCUUUGUAACACAGGGCCAGCCUUUUCCAGAAUUAUUGGUUAAUUUUGUUUUUCCACCACCAAUGUAUGAAGAUGUGGUUGCUCCAUAAUUUGCCAGCACCUGGUAUUCUCAUUGUUUUUAUUCUGUCCACUGUAGUAGAUGUGUAGUGGUAUCUCAUUGUGGCUUCAAUUUGCAUUUCCUUAAUGACUAAUGAUGCUGAGCAUCUUUUCAUGUGCUUAUUGUCCAUCUGUGUAUCUUUGAUGAAGUAUUCAAAUCUUUUGCCAUUUUAAAAGAAUUCUGUUUUUUGUUUUCCUGGUUUAAUUUUGUAGUUUGUGGCUUGUUUUUUUAUUCUCUUUUAUUCCAUUUUUAUUUCAGUGUCUUUUAUAAAGCAAAGGCUUUAAAUUUUGAUGAAGUCCAAGUUUUCCUUUUAUGGACCAUACUUUUGGUGUCAUAGUUAAGAACCCCAUCCCUGGCUGGGUGCAGUGCGGCUCAUGCCUCUACUCCCAACACUUUGAGAGGCCAACGCAGGUAGAUCACCUGAGGUCAGAAGUUUGAGAGCAGCCUGACCAACAUGGAGAAACCCUGUCUCUACUAAAAAUACAAAAAAAUUAGCUGGGUGUGGUAGUACUUGCCUGUAAUCUCAGCUACUCGGGAGGCUGAGACAGGAGAAUUGCUUGAACCUGGGAGGUGGGAGAGGUUGUGGUAAGCCAAGAUUGUGCCAUUGCACUCCAGACUGGGCAACAAGAGCAAAACUCUGUAUCAAAAAAAAAAAAAAAAGAGCCCAUCCCUAACUAAAGUUUAGGAAAUUAUUCAUUUUUCUUCUAGCUUAAUGAUAAUGUUUUUCACUUACAUCUAUGAUCUAUUCUUAGGUAAUUUUUAUAUAAGGUGUUAAAUAAAGCCCCAGGCUCAUUGUUAUUUACAUGUUAUCCAAUUGUUUCAGCAUCAUUUGUAGAAAACAUUUUUUCUCCAUUGAAUUUCCUUUGCUCUUUUGUGAACAAUUGAUUAUAUUUAAGUGGGUUUAUUUCUCAGUUUUCUAUUCCGUUGAUCUGUGAGUUCAUCCCUUUGCCAAAAACACAUAUUGUCUUUAUUACUGUAGCUUUGUAGUAAAUAUAAAAAUCAGGUAAUAUAAGCCCUUUAAAUGUAUUCUUUUUCUAAUUUAUAUGCUUCCACUGUCAUCUAUUUAAUGUGUAUAUUCUGACACUCGGUUGUUAUCUGAAUACAGGUUAAGAAUUGUCAAAUC